AGAGAUAAAUUGGUAGACAUCAUUUGCAUAUCCGUCGCUUACACGAUUCCCAUAAUCCUUUUUUAUUAUUACUAUAAUUUUUUUAAAACAAGUUCAAAUAUUUUAUGCACUUUAUCAUUUAGAACCAUUGUUUAAGCAACUGAAAAGCAAUGCUACAGAGAGAGAGAGAGAGCGCAAAGUCACUUGCUUUGGCUGUUUACCGUCAGCUUAAUAUCAAAGAAUCGACAUGGUGGUGACCUUAUGGACAGAGCUUUCACCCACCAAGAGGAAAGAGAAGUAACCCAACUACAAAAUCAAAAGCUAAAGAGUUGUCUUCCAUUGGUGAGUCUAAGAGGCUGCUAUUAUCCAAACCCAUUUUCUGUUUUCGGUUUCUGCGUUUCAAAAUAUCUUCGGAACUUGCACUUCAAAGCUCGACUCUCAAACGGUUGUUGCUUGAGAAAGCUUCAGUAUAAUGGUAUGGUGGUGAACAACUCUACUUUUUGUGCUUCGCCUGGUUUCAUUAUUGAAGGAAGGAAAGCUGCAAUGGAGGAUUCGAGGGAGAAGAAUGUGGUUAUAGAAGAGAAAAAUGAUGGUCGGUUUGGUGAUAAUGAAGGUAAAGUUGAGACAUUUGCGGAUUUGAUUGAGGAAAAGGGUCGGGAAAGCAGUUCAAGCUCUGAAUUUUUGGCAUCUGAGACUACAGGACAAGAGGAACAGAGUCAUAGUAGCUCUGAGGAAUCAUCUUCUCCACCUUCCAUGGGUUGGCCUAUUAAGAAUGCUAAGGAAACAGAUUGCUCCAGCCAAAAUGGUACUGAAAUGAAAGAGAAAACCCGUUUGGAUAAUAGGAAAUUGGAGAAACAAGGUUCGGCAAUUUCAGAGAUUGAAAUGAUGAAGGAAAGGUUUGCAAAAUUGUUGCUUGGAGAAGAUAUGUCUGGCUGUGGAAAUGGGGUUUGUACAGCAUUAGCUAUAUCAAAUGCGAUUACUAAUCUGUGUGCUACCCUAUUUGGGCAACUUUGGAGACUAGAACCUUUACCUGUAGAGAAGAAAUUGAUGUGGAGAAGAGAGAUGGAAUGGUUUCUCUGUGUUAGUGAUCACAUCGUCGAGUUAAUUCCUACUUGGCAAACAUUUCCGGAUGGAAGCAAACUCGAGGUCAUGACUUGCAGACCCCGCUCAGAUCUCUAUGUUAAUCUCCCAGCAUUGCGUAAAUUGGAUAACAUGCUGCUUGAAAUUUUAGAUGCAUUUGAGAAUACAGAGUUCUGGUAUGUUGACCAAGGGAUUCUCGCCCCGGAUGCUGAUGGAUCAUCAUCUUUCAGAAGAGCACUUCAACGCCAAGAGGAAAAAUGGUGGCUGCCUGUGCCCCGAGUUCCACCCUGUGGUCUUCACGAAAGUACAAGAAAGCAAUUGCAGCACAAGCGCGAUAGCACGAAUCAAAUAUUGAAAGCUGCCAUGGCAAUCAAUGGUAUUGCCUUAGCUGAUAUGGAAGUCCCUGAAUCAUAUCUUGAAGCUCUUCCAAAGAAUGGAAAAGCCAGCUUGGGAGAUUUCAUUUAUCGGUAUAUCACAUCAGAUCAAUUUUAUCCUGAAUUUCUGUUGGACAGUCUUGAUUUAUCUUCUGAACAUCAAGCCAUAGAAAUUGCCAACCGAGUGGAGGCUGCAAUGUAUGUAUGGCGCAGAAGAGUCAGCUCAAAACCUGCCGGCAACACAAUCAGGUCCAGUUCAAGGACAUCGUGGGAAAUGGUCAAGGAGCUGAUGAUUGAUGCUGAGAAAAGGGAAUUACUAGCAGAAAGAGCAGAAAGUCUUCUGCUUUGCUUGAAGCAACGCUUCCCUGGUCUUCCACAGACAACCUUAGACAUGAGCAAAAUCCAGUACAAUAAGGAUGUUGGGAAGUCCAUUCUGGAGAGCUACUCAAGGGUUUUGGAGAGCCUAGCAUUCAAUAUUGUGGCACGUAUUGAUGAUCUUCUCUAUGUGGAUGACUUGAUAAAGCAUUCUGAUCAAUUCUCCUCCAUCUCAAAAGUAGGUGUGAUUUCUCACAAAAGUGCCCAAAUCGCAUACUCACUGCCCAUGCCAAGCACUCCUUAUAAAACAGCUUUCACUACACCAAACUUUUCGCCUGCUCAGCUAGUUAGCCCUGCAAGAGGAGAAAGAUCACCAUUUGUCACCAGUGGCAAGAUUCCCCAGCGAGGAUUAGGCGUGAAAAAGAUCUUGACUGAUUAUCUUAGUAUUGAUACAAAGGGAAAUGAUUAUCAGAAUCCUAUUGAGAAACCAGAUCCAAUAUCAAGCACAGUAUGUGAACUGUCAGCAUGUCAAACAGGAUUAGAUUCUUUUGUCUGUACAAAAACAGCAAAAAGUCCACCAACUGGGGACUCCAUUUCAGUUUCAGAGGAAUGAAAUCAGGCAAUAAAUCCUGAGGAUGGGCUUCUCGAGAUAAUACAAAAAUUUGCUGAUAGAACUGGCUAUGCUUAUUUGUUCUUUCAACAUACAUAGGAUGAAUAUUUGAGAUUUUGGAAGGUUCAUUAGGUUGCUUAGUUUAUGUUGUAACGAAAUCUUUGUUACAGUAAUGAGUUGAGUGGCUCAUGUUUUUCAUAGACAUCCUCAAUUUAUAGUUUUGAGUUGUCCUGACUGACCCUCAAAUGGUGAUUGUAAAAUGAAAGAACAGAAGUCUGUAUUCCUUUGUUCAUAAAAUCUAUGAAUGCUAUUCAUAUUU